CAGGAGGGCGGAACGCGGUCUGGCGCCGGGUAAAAGGGAUUUGACAGUUGCGGGUCUCGAGCUGAUCCUUCAGUUGACUUCCUUGGUGGGGCAGAGAGGGAGCGACCAUGGCGGCAGCUGCCUGCGGCCAGCACACUGCUGUCAUAACAGCCCCCGUUAGUGGUAAAAAACCACACAGUAACAGAGAACAUAGCCGGAGGAACCGUGAGAACUCUCGCCGGAGACAAGCGGCUCUUUUGUUUCUCAGUAACAUCUCCCUGGACGGACGGCCGGUCCAGAGUAAUUCAGCUGAAAAUCAAGAACGCCGCCACCACAAACAGAACGACUUGGAGGGAGCAGAUUCCAGCUCUGCGGCGGGGACUGCAGCCGGUUUGUGUCCGGACAACGGUAGCAGCAGUAGCUACGGGACAUUCUCUAAUUUGCCUGCUUCCGUUAGCUGCGGGACGGUCACUCAGUCCGCGGCACCGAGGACGGGACUCAUCACCGUACCGCCGAUUCUCGUCCUGCCGUCGGAUACGGGGUUCAACGAUGUGGAGAGCACGGAGGUGCUGCUGGAGUGCCGCAGAGGCUCCUUCCCUUCCUCGGUGAACAGUAACCUGCUCUCGGCGUCCCCGUCCAACACCAGCCUGCUGCCGUCGCCGGUGGGACCGCGGAAGUCGUCCACUCUGCUGUCGGUUCAAAGCUGUAACUCCAUGUCCUCAGAGCCGCGACAAAGAACUCGUAACCACUCCGGUGGUUCGCCCAGACCUCGACAGCCCAAGAAGAUUCACUUCAUCAAAAAUAUGAAACAGUACGACACAAGAGGCAGCAGGAUUGUGCUCAUCUGUGCUAAGAGGUCUCUGUGCGCUGCCUUUUCUGUUCUUCCCUAUGGAGAGAGCUUCUACCUCAGUGAUCCUACAUUAAAUCACCCCAGGAGGAGACACUCAUCUGGAAACAUUUCUACCACCCUGGAAAUGCUGCCAGGGCUCGAGGGUUUUCACUUGGACACCUAUGGCAGGUCUGUGUCGUACGCGCAGUUCCUGUACCCCACUAACGCUCUGGUGACGCAGAAGCCGUCAUCUGCCAGCGACCUGAUGCUGCAGAUUCCCGUGUCCAGGAGCACUCACAGCAUUCCGGGCAGGAGCUACCCGUCCAGCCGACUGAACAGCACCGUGGGACUGGACCUGGGUGUGGAAGACGUGAUGGAUUACGACCCAAACCUGCUCAGUGACCCCCAGUGGCCUUGUGGGAAACACAAACGAGUGUUGAUCUUCGCCUCUUACAUGACGACAGUUAUAGAAUACGUCAAACCGUCUGAUCUGAAGAAAGACAUGAACGAGACUUUUAAGGAAAAGUUUCCUCACAUUAAACUCACCCUCAGCAAAAUCCGGAGCCUGAAGAGAGAGAUGAGAAUGGUCGGGGAGGACUGCGGCCUGCAGCCCGUCACCCUCGCGAUGGCGUACGUCUACUUUGAAAAGCUGGUGCUGCAGGGGCGACUCAACAAACACAACAGGAAGAUGGUUUCAGCUGCAUGCCUCCUAUUAGCCGCUAAGAUCAGCAGUGACCUCAAGAAACAGGAAGUGAAACACCUCAUUGAUAAGCUGGAGGAGCGUUUCAGGAUCAGCAGGAGGGAGCUCAUUUCAUUUGAGUUCACUAUCCUGGUUGCCCUGGAGAUGGCGCUCUACCUCCCAGAGAGCAAAGUCAUGCCUCAUUACAGACGGCUGGUGCAGCAGCAGCAGGUAUAGCAGCACCUGGCUCAACAGCACUGCAGCACACUCCUCCGCCUCUGUAUGCGGUCCCGACGCAUUUGAACUCCAGCACUGUAGACAGAUCCUCGUGAUGCCUGGCUCAAAGGGUCGGAGGUCACACAGGAAUCGUCCUCCUCUCUGUGCACUACGUCAGAGUUCAGCCACACUGUGAUGAGACAGAGAAACUUCACCCCCCCAUCAAGAACCAAAGUGAUGACACGCUGUGACCGAUGGUUGAGUCACUGGAGGUCAAAUCGAUCACAGCCCCUCAAAAUUCAUUUUUUUCUCCAGCAUUAUUUUUAUACUUUAGGCCGUCAUUACUGUGGGAUUUGAAACUGUGCAGAAAAAUGUACGUUUUAAAAAAACGUAAGGAGAAAUUUCCUUCUAACCAAAAAAACUAACCACAGGUCCUGAUUUCAGAGACACUCGAGUUCUGACUUUUUUCUAAGCUCUCUUUUCAGUUCCUUUUUUUAAAUUUUUUUUUUUUUUGAAAUAUCACUAGAAACACUGACAGCCACAUGCAGUAGACAAUCAUAGUUAUUAUGCUUAAAAACAGUGUUUUCAGCAACUGUAGCACAGACACCAACAGUUAUGAGGACGCUGUGACCGACAUGAAAGGCGAUGAGUUCUGUUCCAGCGCUGUGGAGACCGGUUCCACUGGUUUCUGUGAUUUCUUCUUGCUUUCAUCCUUCGUGUUCAGACUUCAUGAAGUCUGAACUUUUCCUCACGCAGUCCUGAGUUCACCCUGAACAUCUGACUGACUGCUGUUAAACAAUCAGCCUGUUUUUUUUUUUUGAGGACAUUUCCUCUCCCACUCUCUCCUCUGUGUCUUCAAUUGCACUUUAAUUUGUGCAGAUCAGGUUUUCUGAGGACGUUUCAAAGCAUGAGCCAGUUUCCUGUUCACUGAGCUGCAGCCUGCUGCUGUCAGAAGCUCCUGUGGGUGUAUUUGGAUGUUUAAGUGCCUUUCCUAAGGGCACCUGAAGUUGGGUGUAAUUGAAAGAACAGUUUUUUUCUCCUAUUCAAUCUUCCCAUUGUUUUUUUUUUUCUCUUGGAUGUAGAGAUUCAAACCAACUUUAUACACCGAUCAAGCAUAACUUUAUGACCACUGACAGGUGAAGUGAAUAACACUGAUUAUCUCUUCAUCAUGGUGCUGUUAAUGGGUGGGACAUAUCGGGGAGCAGGUGAACAUUUUGUCCUCAAAAUCGAUGUGUUAGAAUCAGGAACAAUGGGCAGUGUAAGGAUUGUAGUGAGUUUGACUCGGGCCAAGACGACUGCAUCAGAGCAUCACAAAACCUGCAGUUCCUGUCGGGUGUUCCCGGCCUGCAGGGGUCAGUAUCUAACAAAGUGGUCCAAGGAAGGAACAGAGGUGAUCCAGUGACAGGAUCAUGCACGUGGAGAGUGAAGGCUGGCCUGUGUGGACCGAUCCAACAGAGGAGAUACUGUAGCCCAAACUGCUGAAAAUUUGAAUGCUCUGAUAGGAAGGUGUCAGAAUACACAGGACAUCGCAGUUUGUUGUGUAUGCGGCUGCAGACAGUCACGCUGACCCAUCCACGACCGAAAGCACCAACGAUGGGAACAUGAGCACAACUGCAUCACAGAGUGAUGGAAGACGGCGGGCUGCUCUGAUGAGUCAUGUUUUCUUUACAUCAUGUGGAUGGUUUUGUGUGUGUGUGUGUGUGUGUGUGUGUGUGUGUGUGUGUGUGUGUGUGUGUGUGUGUGUGUGUGUGUGUGUGUGUGUGUGUGUGUGUGUGUGUGUGUGUGUGUGUCACUUACCUGGGGAACACCUGGCACCACUGUGGGAAGAAGGCAAACCGGCAGAGGUAGUGUGACGCUUUGGGCAAUGUUCUGCUGGGAAACCCUGGGUCCUCCCCUCCACAUGGAUGUUACUGUGAUAUGUACCACCUACCUAAGCAUUGCUGCAGACCGUGUGCACCUUUUCAGGAAUGUUUGAGCAGCACAACAACAUCUUGGAGGUGUUGACUUGGCCUCCAAAUUCCCAGAUCUUAAUCCAAUUGAACAUCUGUUGGAUGUGCUGGACAAACAAGUCUGAUCCAUGGAGGCCCCAGCCUCUCAGGAUCUGUUACUAACAUCUUGGUAACGGAUGCCACAGCACACCCUCAGGGCUCUAGUGGAGUCCAUGCCUUGACGGGGCUCUUUUAUUAGGCAGGAGGUCAUAAAGUUAUGCCUGAUUGGUGUAUUUACCUGUUUUCUGUAUUUUGACUUCUGCCCUGAUUUCAUGCUGUCGACAGAGAUGCAGGGGUCCCUUUGAACACAGCUGUGAUGGAGGUUGGUGUUAGUACACAGAGCCCUCUAAAACACUGGUGUGAUGCUCUCUGCUGCAGCGAAACAACAGCUGUGACAUCCAGGAAAAUGGCUUUCCUUCUCCAGCUAGAUUGCUAAGGUCUCACUCUGAGGAAUGCGGCCCUCUUUAGUUCCGACUUUUGGAAUACAACCUUUUCCCUUUUAGGUCGUCCCAGAAAGGAAACCAGGUUCUCUCUUUAGUUCAUGAGCUGCAUUAACUGAAAGGAGCAGCAACACAACUGCAGACCAGACUGACCGGGUUCAUGUAUAAAGUGAACUUUAAACAGGAACAAAAUGUUGCACCAGGGUGUCUCUGUGGGUGAGAUGUGCGGUGCAUGGCUGUGGUGCAGGCGGCCCUUCUCCGCCUCUCUUCGCUGCACACUUUCUAAGAUGAAGCACUGAGUAAGCCUGCAGGCUGCAGAAUGAACAUCAGAAUUUGCCGUCACAUUACAGAUUCUGACACUUUACAGACUGCAUGAUUAUCUUUAGUUGCAGCUCUUUAACACCUAACAUUUAAAUUUUUAGCGCCUGACGCACCUCUGAUAUUUUUGGACACUGAAACACGAACGUCUUGUUAAACACGUUAACAGAAGGAACUCGCUGUUCCUGCGGACUUCCUCAUUUUUCUCCUGCACUAUUAAGGACCAUCACAGCUGCUGAGAAACCUUUGUGCUCAUAAACUACCUUAGAACUCAUUUCACUCAACGUUUCUGUGUUCAUUGUAUCAUAAAGGGAUGGCUGUUUAACCAAACUGAGGCCUCCAGCAGGAAGUCUGUGACUGUGGUAAAGAUUUAUAGUAGAGUGCUUCAUGUGGGUAUUUUCCUUUUCUAGCCUUUGAUGAUGGACGUUGCACAAACACUUCCUGUUGAGCCUCAGUUAUUUUUGCACUUUGCCUUUUAGUCCUCAAACUUUAUUUUAUCACUAAGUACCAAGGGUAUAUAAUAUUUUUCUACAUGUAAAGUAACUUAUUGUAAUGUUGUAUAUUUGAAAACUGUCUGAAAUUAAUUUAUUGCUGAUAAUCCUCUGGAUGAAGGAUCAUAUCUCCUCUUUGUUGUUUCUCAGCAGAUGAUUGUUGGAAACGUGAUUGUUGGUCCUCAGAUUUUACGUCCACGUUCUUCCACUGAUCUGAUUUUCCCUCGUGUGGUCGCAGACUUGAGUUUUGUGGAUGUCAGAGCAGGAGAGCUGACCUGAAAGAGUCCCAUGAGCCUGUUUAAUAAUCCUGAUGCUUAUUUUGAAAUCAGGCUUUGGGCUUUUUCCAUUUUAUAUUUCAAUCCACCGCAUUAAACUUAGACUACCAUGUAACAGAUCUGAUGCUCACUGUGACAAACUACACAAAGUCAGUGAGUUCAACCAGCAACAUGUUGACCAACAGAAACAUAAAAUCAUCAGCUGAUAAAUCAAUCAGACAUCAGACUGCUCUGUUAAAGACGUGUUUAGGAUGUUAUCUGAGGUCUGUGCAGAACUUUGCUUUAAGAAACUUUCCUGUUCCGGCUUCAGAGGAAACUUUCCUCUCCUGCUCUGACAGACGGUGAAGAAAAAUCCACCCUCAGCGAUUUGCACUGAGUCACUUCAGAGCAGAGUCGUAUAUUUAAACUGUUUCCUAAUAACAGGAAGGGAAGCUCUGCGGUAAACAGCAGGACCGAUAAAGUCAGAAACGUGUUCAAACACUUCAGCUGACUAAAGUUCAGACUGAGAGUAGAAACUCACCAUCUUCCAAAAUCAUCUUCUCUACAUUAGAGAUUUGUGAUAUUGACUCUAUGCAGCUUUUAUUCUGUCAGCUCCCCUUCAUCCUUCUCCUCCUCCUCCUCUGUGUGUCACUUUAUUUAAACCUCACAGUCACAUGUUGUAUUGAGUUUGUUGUAUCGAGUGUUUAUUAUUAUAUUCUUCUUCUUUGAGGAUGCAGUGAUGUAAAAGGAAAUAUUUACCGUGUUUGUCUCCUGUGUACAGUUAUUGUUUUUACACGUUUACUUCUUAAUUUGUUUUCAACGACACUGACGAGCCACACAGCAGUUUGGCAGCGUUGCAGUCGGGGCAUCGCCUGAUUUAAAUAAUAUUUUUUUUGUUGCUACUUUUGUAUAAAAUGCAUUUAAUGAUCCAGUACAGUUGAAAUAAAAAAGGCAAAGCUGGUUAAGGACACGUUGCAUCAAAUUAAUUUGCAACAAAAGUAAAUGUUUUGUAUGAGGAAGCUGAGCUCGAAUACUUCCACUGCACAAGUGAAGGAAAUGUGUGUAUUUAUGAAAUAUUUUGUAAACGAUAAAGACCGUACACUGUCAAA